AUUACGUAUUCAGAUGCUGCUUUGCUUCAUCGUCUCUGCAAUGUAACACUGAGGAGUUUAAGAAAUGAAGAUAAGGAAUUCGAAUUAUUUUUGAAUUUUGGAUCAAUGUAAAGACAAUCUAAUAUUUGGAAAAUGCUUGCAAUGUUGUUCACCUGGCGAGAAGAUCCUGGAGCCCAGUGCCUGCUGCUUUCUCUUCUGCUCCUCGCAUCCUGGGAGGUGGGGCGCGGUCAGCUCCACUACUCCGUCUCCGAGGAGGCCAAACACGGCACUUUCGUGGGCCGCAUCGCGCAGGACCUGGGGCUGGAGCUGGCGGAGCUGGUGCCGCGUCUGUUCCGGGUGGCGUCCAAAACACACGGGGACCUUCUGGAGGUAAAUCUGCAGAAUGGCAUUUUGUUUGUGAAUUCUCGGAUCGACCGCGAGGAGCUGUGCGGGCGGAGCGCGGAGUGCAGCAUCCACCUGGAGGUGAUCGUGGACAGGCCGCUGCAGGUUUUCCAUGUGGACGUGGAAGUGAAGGACAUUAAUGACAACGCGCCAGUUUUUCCAGUGGCUGUUAAGAAUCUAUUUAUUUCCGAAUCCCGACAGCCUGGCUCUCGGUUUUCGCUAGAGGGCGCGUCAGAUGCAGAUAUCGGAACAAACUCGUUGUUGACUUACAGUCUUGAUUCCACUGAAUAUUUUACCUUGGACGUUAAAAGAAAUGAUGAGGAAAUUAAAUCUCUUGGACUCGUGUUGAAAAAAAAUUUAAACCGUGAAGACACGCCUAAGUAUCAUUUACUAAUAACAGCAAUUGAUGGUGGGAAACCAGAGCUCACUGGCACGACUCAACUAAAGAUCACUGUUUUGGAUGUAAACGACAACGCCCCAGCGUUUGAGAGGACGAUCUAUAAAGUCAGAUUAUUCGAAAAUGCACCAAAUGGUACCCUAGUGGUGAUCGUUAACGCCACUGAUUUGGAUGAAGGAGUAAAUAAAGAUAUUACAUAUUCUUUCAAUACAGACGUAUCAGCAGAUAUUCUGUCAAAAUUCCAUUUAGAUUCAGUCAAUGGACACAUCAGUGUAAAGGGUAACAUAGAUUUUGAGGAAAGUAAGUCAUAUGAAAUCCAGGUAGAAGCCACGGAUAAAGGAACUCCCCCAAUGUCAGAUCACUGCACAGUUCUACUGGAAAUUGUGGACAUCAAUGAUAAUGCACCUGAGUUGGUUAUUAAGUCACUAUCUUUACCUGUAUUGGAAGACUCUCCACUUGGCACAGUUAUCGCCCUGAUCAGCGUGUCCGACCGCGACUCAGGAGUCAAUGGACAGGUGACCUGCUCCCUGACGCCACACACCCCCUUCAAGCUGGUGUCCACCUUCAGGAAUUACUACUCGUUGGUGCUGGACAGCGCCUUGGACCGCGAGAGCGUGUCAGCCUAUGAGCUGGUGGUGACCGCGCGGGACGGGGGCUCGCCUUCGCUGUGGGCCACGGCCAGCGUGUCCGUGGAGGUGGCCGACGUGAACGACAACGCGCCGGCGUUCGAGCAGCCAGAGUACACGGUGUUCGUGAAAGAGAACAACCCACCGGGCUGCCACAUCUUCACUGUGUCUGCACGGGACGCGGACGCGCAGGAGAACGCGCUGGUGUCCUACUCGCUGGUGGAGCGGUGGGUGGGCGAUCGCGCGCUGUCGAGCUACGUGUCGGUGCACGCGGAGAGCGGCAAGGUGUACGCGCUGCAGCCGCUGGACCACGAGGAGCUGGAGCUGCUGCAGUUCCAGGUGAGCGCGCACGACGCGGGCGUGCCGCCUCUGGGCAGCAACGUGACGCUGCAGGUGUUCGUGUUGGACGAAAACGACAACACACCAGUACUUGCUGGCUUCUCGGGUGGGUGGCAUCGGUGGUGCAGUGAGCGAGCUGGUACCGCGGUCUGUGGGUGCUGGCCACGUGGUGGCGAAGGUGCGCGCGGUGGAUGCUGACUCGGGCUACAACGCGUGGCUUUCGUACGAGCUGCAGCCGGGAACUGGCAGCGCGCGCAUCCCGUUCCGCGUGGGGCUGUACACUGGAGAGAUCAGCACUACGCGUGCCCUGGACGAGGUAGACGCCCCACGCCAGCGCCUCCUGGUGCUGGUGAAGGACCACGGUGAGCCCUCAUUGACCGCCACUGCCACAGUGCUGGUGUCGCUGGUGGAGAGUGGCCAGACACCCAAGGCCUCGUCGCGGGCGUCCGCUGGCUCCGCGGGCCCUGAGACUGCCCUGGUGGAUGUCAAUGUGUACUUGAUCAUCGCCAUCUGCGCGGUGUCCAGUCUGUUGGUGCUCACGCUGCUUCUAUAUACUGCUCUGCGGUGCUCGGCUGCGCCAACCGAAGGCGCCUGUGGGCCGGUGAAGCCCACGCUGGUGUGCUCCAGCGCAGUGGGAAGCUGGUCAUACUCACAGCAGAGGCAGCAGAGGGUGUGUUCUGGAGAGGGGUUGCCAAAGACUGACCUCAUGGCUUUUAGCCCUAGCCUUCCACCUUGUCCAAUUAGCCGGGAUAGAGAGGAGCAACUGGAUGUGGACGCUGAUCUCUCAGCCAAACCACGACAGCCCAACCCUGACUGGCGUUACUCUGCCUCCCUGAGAGCAGGCAUGCACAGCUCUGUGCACCUAGAGGAGGCUGGCAUUCUACGGGCUGGUCCAGGAGGGCCUGAUCAACAGUGGCCAACAGUAUCCAGUGCAACACCAGAACCAGAGGCAGGAGAAGUGUCCCCUCCGGUUGGUGCGGGUGUCAAUAGCAACAGCUGGACCUUUAAAUACGGACCAGGCAACCCCAAACAAUCCGGUCCCGGUGAGUUGCCAGACAAAUUCAUUAUCCCAGGAUCUCCUGCAAUCAUCUCCAUCCGGCAGGAGCCCACUAACAGCCAAAUUGACAAAAGUGACUUCAUAACCUUCGGCAAAAAGGAGGAGACCAAGAAAAAGAAGAAAAAGAAGAAGGGUAACAAGACCCAGGAGAAAAAAGAGAAAGGGAACAGCACGACUGACAACAGUGACCAGUGAGGUCCUCGAAUGGAAACAAGCCACUUAGCCAGUUUUUGUAAUAAUGGCAAAUCUCUCCCAUGUAGCAACUCCCUGCUCCUUUCUCCUAUCUACAUGAGCCCUUUUAGAGACCUCAGAAAUCUGCAGAAAGUUCCCUGUGUCUGUCUAGAACGCAUUUAACAGGUUUUGUCUUAAAAGCUUUACUAAGUCUGGUGUUAACUCUUUCUCUCCACUCUGGCUUGUUUUCAGAACCUAAAAAGCAGACCCAAGUUUCCUUUCUCCUCCGCCGCAAAGGAGAGGCUUCCCAGCCCCGCCAGUGAGAGGUUGGACUCUCUGCCCUGUGCUCCGGGGAUCCUGUCUUGAUGACACUUGCAGGGCAGGCUGAAAAGUUUUGAGAUUGAGCAGCUUGGGUAUUUGUGGUCACUGGGUAUGUGUGGCCACCGUGGGUAUGGAAGUGCCAGAUAUUGGCUGAGACGGGCCAGCUUAGACUAAUUGGUACAAGGAAGGCGAGAAAACAAAGACAAAUAAACAGCGGAAGUUAUCAGUGUGGAGGGGAAGUGUAAACUAAAAGGGACCAGACUUUCUAAAUCUUGUAACUCAAGAGGUGGUGGCCACCCUCUAGGAGACACAACUACUCCCACUGACAAGGCUUUAGGACACCCUAAAGUCUGUUGGCUGUGAUGUCAUUAUACCUAAAAUCUGCAUCAUACCUUCAAGCCAACAGUUCAGUGUUUAACAGAGAACCAUCCUGGGAAACAGAAGCAGAUCUGAUAUGUUUCCUAUUCAUUUCCUGUGCUCACUUUAUUAAAAAUUCUUUUGCACACAAUGUUUAUGAAAAGGGCAGAUCCUUUUCCAAUACUUAUGCAAAAGCAAAAGAAAACCCCGACACCUCACCUUUCGCUGUUUGUUGUUUCAUAGAUUUAUUUAAAAAAAGAGAAAGUCUAUAGCUAUAAAUCUUUAAAGAGAAAUAUGAAUACAAUUCCCCUAAACUCUCCUCAAAAGAGAAUUCAGUCUACAGCCAUUUAAAUGAUCAUUGCUGCUACAGAAGUGCUUUAAGAGAAUUGCCUGAAACAUCUGUAUUAUAUCGGCCACCUGCCAAUCACAGCUUUACUCUUUCAGGUCACUCUGGGGCUGCCUCUUGCAUGUAUUAAUUACUAAAUAAAAUUAUCUCUUUCUCUCUCUCUUUUCUAAGAAACAAUUAUGUGCACUUUGAUACACAACCUUCUCUAACCAACUAUAUCGAGACCCAAAAAUUAAAGAAAAAUAUUGUUUUCUCAUAGAGUGAGCAGAUUUUUCAGCCCUCUAAUUCUGUGACUUGUCUUGGUGUGCUAGCCUACACCUUCUCUUUGGUUUAGUUUUCCUUUUCUAUAACACUCUGAAUUGCUAAUCUUACUAACACCUAUGAUGUUACCUGAAAUCAAUCUCCCAUAUGUAUGCUGUAUGCUAUUAUAAGACUCCUGAAAUAUACUUACUCUGUGCUUGUGUAUGUGAAUGUUAAUGCAACUAUUACCUAGAGUGAACUUUAAGCUUUAUUGUUGAAUGUAAUUCCAUUAUAUUUCCUUUUGUACACCUGUGAAAAAGUGGAGUAGUGUUUUUUUAACCAUUGUUAAUCAGCUUUUGUGUAUGAAAGAUACAGUAAAAUUUCUUUCUUAAAUCAAGAUACUGGUGAUUCAAGGAAUUUUAUUUAUGGUCCAGCCAAGAGCCAUCUCUUGCCAAGACUCCUGCUGGCAAGAGAACGGAUAAAGCUGUUUUUUUCUAGUAACAAUUUUGGAAUGAAUACUGACAAUAUUCCAUGAGGGUGUGCAAGCACAAAUUUGACCAAUCUGACCUCUUUGAAGUUGUAGAAUGCUUUGAAAUUCUAAUGGUUUCUGAAAUAUCAGCUCAUAGAAAGUAAUACAAUUUACUGUCACCUUAAAUAAGACAUUUUAAUUUUGUUACAAUGUACAAUUUAGAAGUUUGAUUAAUUAUAUUAUCUAUUUAGGUGUUAAUAUAAAAGAGGUAGGAGUCUGUGAUUUAAAAACAAAGCAUUAAAU